GUAUGCAUAUGAAAUCUCACAAUAAGACAUAACUGUUUUUGAAAGCAUAUUGUCUUGAAAAGCAAAGCUUUGGAUAGGUAACUUCAUUGCUUAUUCACAAUUUGACUUUAGUAAACAAAAGACACCGGCAUUAGGAGUGUAGCGAAGUGGAACAGGGUGAUUAAACAGAGUUUGAGUUAUCAAAAAUCAAGAAAACAACGUUAUUGCACACAAGAGAAGUCACCGAAAUACCCUGCGGGAACACGGAGAACCGCCCUUUCUUGGUACGCUUCUAUCUUCAAUCUGCACACAGAGAGAGAAGCAGGGACAACAUUACACAAAGACUUUUGAAUCCCUUAUCCCUUUUUCGCAAGAUGAACAACUUUCAAAACCUGACCGAAUACGCCGAGAGAAAUCUUACCAGCUCAGAAGUAACGCAACUCGUCAUAAUAUGCGCCUCUUUUAUUGGAAGCUUGGGGUUUUGUGCUUCCCUCAUGGUUGCAGCUAUUAUAGAGAAGCAGAAAUUGCAUACGUUUUGCGAAAGUAGCGGUGUCAUGAUGCAGAUUUUCCGCACAGAGGGGUUGUAUACGCUAUUUGCACUGGCAAUACACAAGUAUUUUUCAGUUGUUAUGCCGUUGAAAAGAGUCAUCACGCAUUGGCGGGGAUUGGUGAUUUUGUGCUUGACCUGGACCGCAGCAAUUCUCUGUAACAUCGGUCCCGUUCUAGGUUGGAACAUAAUGGAAUCGGUGCCUGCUAGUUUCGUAUGUCACGCCCAACACCCUACUACAAUACUUCAGGUAACCCAAAUAGGGUUCGUCUUGUGUUUUACUUAUCUGUGUCCAGUUAUUGUAAUGUCAAUGCUCUACCCGUUGAUGUUCGUUUACCUGAGAAGAUAUUCGCUGCUGAUGAAAGACACUGGGUUCAUUGGCAACAAUGGAGUCCGGGCUCAAAAGCACAACCUCGUUACCCUUGUUAUAGCAUCAAUUUCAUUUAUUUUAGCCUGGAUACCAAUGUUUUUCUAUGAUACUCUAUCACUGGAAUUCAAAAAAAUAAAAGAUUAUUCCAAGCUUCUAAGCGCAGCUUAUGUUUGCGGGUUUUCCUAUUCGGCUUUGCAUCCAGUCAUACUAAUAUCAAGAAAUCCACGGUUUAGGCGAGCGAUACAAGAGAUUUUGAAGUGCAAGUAUAGGACAAAUAAUGCUUUUACCGACUUGAAAUCAUCCAAUGCAAGUACUAUUGCAUUGAGGACUUCAAAUGACUACUUUGAGGAGAGAAGAUGCUCUGUUUGGUACAUGCUGACACAGAGUAAUCUAUUAAGUCUGGAACAUGAACCACCACAGCGCAGACUAAAGUUACGUUGGAUAGAGACUAAUCUCUGAGCUCUACACUACUGAACGGAAAACUGACAAUGAUAACAUUGGUUAUUGUCAUAGAAGAAAUAUAAGCAAGCUUACUCUGAAAACACAAUUAUAAUGGAACCUUAGUGACUAGCUUCUCUGAUGUAAGUAAGUAAACCUUUCUUUUAAUAUUAGUAGUAAUGUAGAGUAUAUGGGAGGCAAAAGUGUGGCGGUUGGGGUUUAUAGGAGCAAAUAGGAAUGUAGGUUUGAAUGGGCCAAUGGGAGCCACGGAUAGGCCAUCAGUGACGUCACAUGCA